AUGAGUGAGGAGGGGAAGGAGCAACAACCUAAGGCAGAUGAACGGAUAAUACUAAAUGUUGGCGGUGUGAAGUUCGAAACAUACAGAAGCACCCUCACUGCAUAUCCAGAUACUUUCCUAGGUACAAUGUUUGGUGAUCGUAAUCAAUCAAUGCUUCAUCCGUACAAUGGGAAUGAGUAUUUCUUCGAUAGGGAUGGACGUGUAUUUCAUUAUAUCAUGCAAUACUAUCGAACAGGAAAGAUCAUGUGGAAGCCUCAUGCAGAUUGCUGCUCAAGUACAGUGACAAGAGAAGAAAUAUUACAGGAAGUUGAUUUUUUUCAGAUUUCUAGAGAGGAAAUUGGAUUAAAUGAGCAGCAUCCAGUCGCUUUGAUGCUUGACAAAUUUGUGGAAAUGUUAAAGGCGUGUGUUUGGCAGGCAAUGGCAGUUGGAGAGACCAUCAUUGAAAUAGUUUUUGCUUACAACAACAAGGAAGUAUUUGAAGUCUCCCCUGAUUUAAACAUGUUGAAUGACAUUGUUAGACCAUUUGCAGAGUGUGGGUACUUUUUCCUGAGUAUGUUUGGGAGAGAAAUUGAACAGCAUUUGAAGACUGAAUUUGCUGGACUUAGUUGUGGCUUAAUAGAUAAGACUGAAGAUUUUUACAAACCAGGACGGAUUGUUCUCAAAAUUUCUUGGAAUAAUAGAAUUAAUCGCAAGCAAAUACUCGGCGAGUCUUGUCUUGCGAAACAUAGAUAG